AUGGACCUCAUUGGCAAGAUCUAUCUAGCCAGCAGCCAGCAACACUAUUUUAUCAUUGUUGCCACAGACUAUUUUACUAAGUGGGUAGAAGCCAAGCCUGUUAAAUCCACUACAUCUCAAGAGAUCAUCACUUUCAUAGAAGAACAUAUUAUACAGAGGUUUGGCAUCCCAGAAUCAAUCACAACUGACAAAGGAUCUUCUUUCGUAUCUGGAGAAAUGUUGGAUAUGGCAGAGGCAUUCAAAUUCAGGCUGCUUCAAUCCACUCCUUAUUAUGCUCAAGCUAAUGGGCAGACAGAAUCAAGCAACAAAGUAAUCAUCAACAUUAUCAGAAAAAUGCUUGAGAAGAAUCCAAAAGAAGGAACUGGCAUGACCCCCUAUGCAUUAACCUAUGGUCAUGAUGCAAUUCUGGCUAUGGAGACAGCUGUUCAGUCCCUAUGGAGGCAGCGUGCAGCUUUUAAUGAGAAACUUGAAUAUGGCACGCCUCCCAAGCCAUUAAACAGAGAAUAA